AUGGUAUGCAUGGAUUUCUCGAAGCGGUAUGCAAAGCCUACUGACCUUCUUCAGAGCAGCUGGAGGUUGACUAAACUUUCUCCUGGUGAAGUAAUGUACGCGACUUUAUAUUGCUGUUUUCCCUACAAGUUGGCAGUUCGGCUCUCAACUCCUCAAAAGACCGUAUCAGAGUUCUUUGUGCUGAUGCUUAACCGAUUCCACUCGGUUUUAGGGUUUCCUUUGUAUGCCUCUUUCUUUGGUGUUUUGGUUUACCUUGUGUCUUUUGAAGCGGAUGUAAAUGGAUCCUGUCUUGAUUUUGAAGAGUGUCGGAGAAAGGAUUGGAGUGAGGACGAGUGA